AUGGUUAACCAGACUACUAAGAGCAUCUUCUCUUCUUCUGACUCCCAACCUCCAAACUUCAAACGGGCCACGGUCGCUCCCGAUCUCGCUGCCCGCAAGUACCUACAAUGGGACAGUCCAGGCGUUGAGAUUAUUCCUCCCGGCGAGGCAGAUGAUAUCAARGCGGUGGCCGAGCAGAUUUACACCCAGCAAAGACAGCCCUUCGACACCCAUCGCCAUGCGUACACCGGAGCUCUCUCUCGCACCCAUGGUAUCGUCAAAGGAACAUUUGAGGUGCUGGCAAAUCUGCCAGCACACCUCCGCCAAGGCGAGCUCUUCGCUAAAGCAGCCGUCUACCCAGCAGCAUGUCGAUACAGCACCGAGCCAGGCGAUCCGGGAUUGUCAGAURCCCUUCCAGCACCACGGGACUUCUCCAUGAAGCUGUUCAACGUCAAAGGCGACUUCUUCGACAUCGGCAAGGACACAGCCACUCAAGACAUCGAAUUCAACAGUACGCCAGCCAUCGAAUUGGCAACUGGUCGCCCAACACGCGAGAUCUUCGACAUUCGMAUGAAAGCUGGCCACAACGAGUCCGCCAUGAACAGGGGACUUGAAACGCGGAACGACACCAAACUCCAGAAAGCCCGGUUUCAGGCCCGCAAUCUUCAUCUAGCAUCUUUUCGCCAAUACUCCCAAUCCGCAUACCGUUUCGGGGACUACGUCAUGAAGUACAGUCUUGUACCCAACACUACCACCCAGGAGAAGCUCUCCAAUGACGAAGUCAAACCUAACCAGCACGAAUCCGAUAUCCUCCACCGCUGGCUCCAACACUUUCACAAGAGUCACGAAGCGGAAUUCCUCUUCCAAGUUCAAUUGCUGGAGAAUCUAGACGAGCAGCCCGUAGAAUACGCAGGCGCAAUCUGGGACGAAGAAAAGUAUCCCUGGCAGACAGUCGCAGUCCUCAAGAUCCCGAAGCAGGAGUCUUUCGAUCUGGAAAGGAAGGCUUUCUGGGAGGAUCACAUGCGACUGGAUCCUUGGCAUGGAUUGAAGGCUUACCAACCGCUUGGGGGCAGUAAUCGAUUGAAGAGAGUGGUGUAUCCUGCUAGUAGUGGGUCGCGGAUGAAUUUUAAUGGACGAAAGGAGGUUUGGGUGAAGAGCAUUGAUGAAAUUCCGAACUGA